AUGGCUGCCUGGUUGCUGGUGAGCACGCUGGUGGCCUCAGCAGUGGCGGAUUGCAGCAACUACCUCAGCAACGAGGAGCUAGGGGAGUACCUCGCCACCACCGCCAGUCUGGAGCCAGCGCUGGCCUCCAUCUACUCCAUAGGCUACACCGAGCAGCGUUGGGACAUUCCAGUUUUGGAGUUGAGUGCAGCAGAAUCAACAGAGCAGGUGCCCAAUGUUAAAUUCAUCGGUGGGGUUCACGGUGAUGAAGCCAUUGGAACUCAAGUUCUUAUAUCAUUCAUAGAGUAUUUGAUGGAUGCCUACAGGAGGGAAGAAAGGUUUGUUACCUGGUUACUCAACAAUACUAGGAUUCAUAUCCUGCCAAGGUUGAACCUGGACGGCUAUCAGUUGGCCAUUGAAGGUGUGUGCGCUUUGGGACCAGGAAGAAAUAACACUGCAGGCUAUGAUCUAAAUCGAGCUUUUUUACCCAAAGGAGAUUUUGUUUCUGAAGCGGAUGCGGUGAUGACCUGGUUGAGAAGUGAGAGUGAUGUAUUUGUCCUUUCUGCAACAGUUAACGCUGGGGAGAUGGUAGUAGUGUAUCCACCAGAUAAUAUGGAGGAUUUUGGUGGUAAGAAUACUACAUUAGACGAUGAUGUGUUCAAACACCUUGCAUCUGUUUAUGCAAGAAACCACAAAAGUAUGUCCACAAGUAAUGGAUGUAAAAAUGGCAUUUUCAACAAUGGAACCAUUAAUGGAGUAGAUUGGUACCCAGUCAAAGGUUCGAUGCAGGACUACAAUUACAAAUCUGGUACAAUGGAACUGACAUUGGAAAUCAGCUGUUGCAAAUACCCACCUAGUGAUCAAAUGUGCAGUAUUUGGGAUGAAAAUAAACUUGCCCUUUUGAAGCUGGCUGCUGAAUCUUGCAGAGGCGUAAGGGGGAGGGUGAUAGACGCUUCAGAGAAACCAAUUGCAGGAGCUAAAAUAUCUAUUCUUGGCAGGAACAUGACAGUGAGGACUAAUGAUCAAGGAUACUACUUCAGGAUAUUGUUGCCAGGGAGAUAUUUUAUAAAGGUUGAAGCAGAAACAAUGAAGACGUUUAUCAAGGAAUUUUUCGUACCCAAUUCAGAUACAGCAUUCCUAAAGUGGGAAGUUCUAAACGUCACACUAGUGGUCGACACUACUCUGUACCCAGCAAGUCAUGAUAAUGCUCCUGAAGAGCGUACCAUAAGUUAUGAUGAAGGAGGUUUGGACCCUAACACUACUUCGACCUACGAUGACUCCUAUUCAUCAUCUCCGGAUGACAGCUACCCUAAGGCUGGACUCAUCACAGGAGCAGCCAGUACAAAAUAUCACAAUAACUUCUAUUCAAUUUUCAUAGUUAUCUUUUGUAAAUAUCUAAUAGAUAGUAUUUUAACUGGCUUAGUACAUACAAAUUGUAUACUUUUUUGAUAAUUAAAUAAUUUAAAAUUAUGCAAGUAAUAUUCAAUACAAUUCCUACAUACAGAAUGUCCCGUAGAGGGAAAUUUUUAUAGGAGUGAUAGGAGACUUUAAGAGCUACAAAAAAGCUCAUAAAAGUAAUGGGCCAAUUUUCAGAAGAAAAGAAGGAAAUUCAAGUUUUGUGGAUUUUGAAGGGAGUCGUGUUUUUUGUUGAGUCGAAAGCAAUAACUAAAUAAAUAUUUAAUUUAAGUAAUUAAUAAUCGAGGCCUCGAUGAAAUUUCCCCGGAAAUGAUUAAGUACAUGGGCAGCAAAGGCCAAGAGAUGUUCCUCCAUCUUUAAAACCUGUGCUGGAAGAAAAAGAAGAAGAUUUCCAAAGACUGAGAAGUAGCGGUGAUUCCAUAGGGGAAUAUCCCUUCCCAGUGUGCCUGAAAAAGUCUACUCUAGAAUUCUAGAAACAAGAGUGAAGAAAAUUGUCGAUUGCCAACUAGGAGAAGAACAGUAUGGCUUCAGGAACCAAAGAAGCACGCAGGAUCUCAUCUUCAUGAUGAGACAAAUAACAGAAAAGACUGUUGAGAAGGAUAAAAAAAUCUCCAUCUGCUUC